ACAUGAAAUACUACAGUACUACUAGUAUAGCGUCCUUUUGAUAGACGUUUUCUUUGCUGCGCGUGGGGUGGCUUGGAUAAUUUUGUUUUGCUGGAUUCCAACUACAAAGUCCUUGACGCCCGAGGACAGUACGGAAUGCAUGCCUUCGGGAAGAGAAUUCAAUAUGUUAACAUGAGCCGGCCGGUUUCAUUCCACUUUAUGAAGCAGAAUGGCUUCAUUCUAGAGGAUGAUGCAAAGCGUUUGGCCGUGGCUGUGUGUUGCAGAUAUCCUUGCUUCCGUGUGUUUAUAGUUUCGGUAUCGGUGCAGCAUUCACACAGAACGGUCUACAUGCUAGAAUGCCUUUGGGACAGUGGGUGGGAAUAUUGGCAGGAUGUGUUGGACUUCCUCAGUGAAUUGUGUUCUUUCAGAUCAAGCCUUACACUGUUUAAUCGGACACAAUGAGGGCAGCUCCUCUCUUCACAGUCAUCUGUGAUGCUAAACUUUUGGCCGUAGAUGUAAAACUAGACCCAGGAUAUUGUGGGGAGUCGAACCGAAAAAAAGAAAAACGAAAGUCAACUGUGCUGACUGCGGGAGUCACCUCUGAAAAAGCUCAAGAACAACCCCCCCGGCUGAGCCUGGCUGAUGCGGGACGGAUCACUGAAGGAGAUGCCUUCACCCUGCGCUGCGAGGUUCGGGGUGAAGGUUGGAAAUUUCUCUGGAUCAAAGUCAGCGAGGGAGGCGAGAUGUUCGACAGCGGUACAGGAGGGAACUACACAGUCCGUUCCGCAGCCCUGGUUAAUAGCGGACAGUACUGGUGUUUCGCUGGAAGAAACGAUGGGAUGUAUUAUGUCAGUAACGGGUUAAGCGUUCAAGUAACCGUCCCUAGUACAACACCGCUGACAACUGCCUCCUCUACUGCGAAAACGACAGCUGAGAAAACUGACCUCGCCCAAGCGUCCAGAUCAACUCGGACUCCAACCCCUUCAAACAGAGAGAGAAAGACCGCUGUGCCUGCUGCUAAUACUGACCAAGGCAAACCACACGGAUCCAGCCUGUUGUCCAACACCGGACUGCCAGUGACUGCGCGCCGUGCUGAGAACACGAUGCUGGGGUCUGCAGAUCAAACUGACCCCGGCAAGCAAGCAGAGUCUGUGUUUCUGCAGCCCUGGUUCCUGAUCACUGCUGUGCUCUGCUCUGUCCUUCUCGUGGUGUCUGUCAUCCUGGUGCUGGUGUACCAGCCAGACCAGAGAUACACAGUCGGCCACACUACAACGUUCCGAAGACGCGGAGUGCAGCUGAUCAGAUAUAUGGAGCAAGAGGAGCACCCUGCUGGCGACACUGCAAUGGGAGAGUGAACUUUGCCACCAUCUCAAGACCCCAGGGAGCAGGAGGAGGGGGGGGGGGGGGGGGGGCUGUCUUUAAAAGAAGCCGGUGACGUCACCCUGUGCGCUCGAUUUGACAUGAAACACACAGCUUGCAUUGCUCUUGAAUCUCAUUUCUGUACCUUCAGUUUCUCUUGGAAAAUGAGUGACAAACUCAAUACAAGUAUGGUAAUAUAAAACUUUUAAAAACUGAGAGAAGUUUUUAUUUAUUUAAUUAUUGAUUUGUAAUUGUCUUAUCUUGUGGGUGACUGGUUUAUUGGUUUGAAAUAACACAUACAUACGCACGCACACACACGCACGCACAAAGUUCCGAUUCAUGUCAACUCACGUACAGUACACGAACGCGUUGAAAUCAUUCAUUACAGGGCUUCUUGAACAAGUAUUUCUCAAAGUGUGUGUGUGGUUUAAAGGACAAUAGCGCCACCUACUGGCACCGUCGGGUCUUGUUAACACGUGCGCACACAGUGCGUGUGAUUCUAUAUCUGUUGCAAUACCAGCGAGACGUUUUCAUGAAUGAUUAACAAGCAUCUAUUUGUAAGAUUCACAAAACAAACUGUGCAGACAGGACUCUGUGUGUGUGUGUGUAAG